AUGAGAUUCUCAAUCCUCCUUGUUCUAUCUGCUCUGGCAAUUAUCCAGGCUUCUGUAAUUAAUGCGCCGACAAGUAGAGCUAAUCUCAACGUAGGAUAUGUUACUGCCGGUGACAGACUCUUAUACAGCACAUAUGUCAGCAGGCCAGCGAUGGUAAACGCAGUCCAGCGCCAGGAUCUGGUUUAUCGUGGCAGUAUUGGAACAAGGAUUAGUGCCAUCAAUGCUACAGAAGUUGGUGUUAGUCAGUUUGCUUCAGCGUGGGUGAUUGCUGGUGGGAUUCGUGCCAACAAUGUGACCAUCAGGUUCCAAUCAGCAGUUGGUCGAGGCUACUACUACAACGUCAAUAUUUGGGGCCGAUAA